AUGCCUCCGUCUUCCCAGGUGUCCUGUUUUGUGUGUGCUAUACCCAAAACACGCGCUUCCGAGAUUCGAAACUCCAAUCAACGCACGAGCUUCGGGGCAAAGAACGUGUGGGCGAGAGAACGAGGACGAGAAGAGAAGGGGGUAUGUAGAUGGAUGACUCCGCGGCUCGGUCACCCCGGACAUCCGAGGUGGUCUUGGGUUGAUGGAGAGGAGAAGAAGGGUGGGGAUACUAGGUUUGGGAGGUUCGGAGGGCGAAGGGGUAGGGGUAGGGGGCGGAGGGUGGUCAUGGCUCGACGAUGGCUUCGUUUUGCUUCUCCUUUGGGGUAUUUCGAAAAGAGAGUGAGAGCGACAGAGAGACCCACAGAGGAAUAUGGAGACAUAUUACAUUCCUCAGGUCCGGGUGCUUUCUUCGAAUCGGUGAGCUUGGUCGCCCUCGAGAAAGUGACAGAUACCCCGGGAUUUGACGGUUUGCUAGGUGGACUCAACCUUGCUGUGCAUAUCAAGUGCGGCGUUACUGCUGCUGCUGCUGCUGCUGCUGCUGCUAGUAACUUUCGGGACAAAAGCAGAGAUGUGAAGCAAGAGUUCUUGAUUUCCUCUGACGAUCUAUCGCAUCCCACUCAUCCCACCCAUACUGCCCUCCCGUCCACCUCUCAUACUGAUACGCCGUCCCAGCCCCAUCCCACCGCCAAAACUCAUCCAAUCCCCAUCAUCCCCCCGGGUGAGAUCUCUCCGACCCUCACCCUACGCCCCUCCCACACAUCACUCUUCACCAAACCCCAGACUUCAUACAUCACCCACCCCAGAACUUUCUUCUACUUCCCUUGGUUCAUUGUCGGUACCGAGGCCGUGGACGAACAUGUGCUCGGUUCGGGGAACGGAAAGAGAUCGGGGAAACAGAGAGGGGAAGAGACGGGGGGAGGGGGGGAGAAACGUGGGCAAUCCGGUUCGGGCGUGAACUUUCACGCCUUCCACCCCCGUGUUUGGGGAUCCGAUGGGAGUUUGGGAAUCUGGUGGUUCUUAUGCGUGAUGGAUUUGGAUCUGGGGAUGCCGUAUGCAGUUCUGAUUACGAGCUUCCCCAUGGAUAAAUUGAUCCCGGGUAAUGUGUACAUCCUCACAUCUCAUCCUCUCAAGAUGGUAGUAGUCCAUCGUAUCGGCGUUCUCCUUGCGAGAGCAUCAAAAGUUCAGGACAAAAAGAGGGUUGAUAUUCAUUCCGCUAUCCAAUCUACCCCAUCCUCCGUCGUGCCGAGAGAAACUUAUGCCUACAGCAUCUUAGAGAACACAUACCCCUCCCUUCUCGACGGAUGUCGAGAGACUUUGCUUCUCCCCAAAUCUUACCGCUGCCACAAUGCAGCUACAAAAGACGGGAUUAAAGAGAUGAGUCUAGCAGGCUCCGAAAACACGUUCCCGCCCAACCCACCACCACCUCUUUACUUGUUCUCCGAGAGUGAAAAUGAAUACAACAGACCCGAAUCGAAGUACGGGUCUGCUGGCGCUGGUGAAAAAGAAUUCGGACAUGACGCUUCGGCCACUCGUGGUGCAUGCGCCCUUCCCACUUUGUAA